UGGCAGUGACCGGCGUUGGGGUCACUUCCGGUCGCUGCCUUUCUGCUUCCGGGUCCGAAGCUCUCCCCUCCGCCGUCGCUUACGAACAGCCCCGCUGCGCCGCGCCCGCCAUGAGGCUGUACAGCCUGAGCGUGCUGUACAAGGGUGAGGCCCGCGUGCAGCUGCUGAAGGCCGCCUCCGAUGUCUCCACCUUCAACUUCUUCCAGCGGUCCAGCGUGCAGGAAUUCAUGACCUUCACCAGCCAGCUGAUUGUGGAGCGCUCGGAGCUGGGCAGCAGGGCCUCGGUCAAGGAGCAAGACUACCUGUGCCACGUCCACGUGCGCAGUGACGGGCUGGCCGGCGUGGUGAUUGCCGACAACGAAUACCCGUCACGGGUGUGCUUCACUUUGCUGGACAAGGUCCUGGAGGAGUUCUCCAGGCAGGUGAGCAGGGCAGACUGGCCCUCGGGGUCUCCUGCCACCAUCAGCUAUGCAGCUCUGGAUGGAUACCUCAGCAAAUACCAGAACCCCCGUGAUGCCGACCCGAUGACCAGAGUGCAGGCAGAGCUGGACGAGACCAAAAUAAUCCUGCACAACACUAUGGAGUCACUGCUGGAGCGAGGGGAGAAGCUGGAUGAUCUGGUGUCCAAAUCUGAGGUGCUCGGCGUGCAGUCCAAAGCCUUCUACAAGACCGCCCGAAAGCAGAACUCGUGCUGUGAGAUUAUGUGACCCGGAGCCGGGGCUCUCCUGCUCCAGCUCACCGGGGCCUUCGCUCCCGUUCGGAUCUCGGCCGCUCCCAGGACUGAAAGCAGAACCCCGCGGGCUCCUGGGCCGCAGCCUUACCCAAAAACUGGACUCAGCGGCCCCUGUGCCGGGGGAGCGCCGUGCCCCGCCAUGACGCCUGUCACACCAGCGAGUGCCUCGGCCGUGGGACGGGGAGAGAGGAGCCGGGCCCCCCUGCAGGG